UAUGAAGUAUUUAAAUACAAGAAUCGGAAAGAAAAUGACAUAUCUUAUCGGAAGUAGUCUAUCAUUAAGUGCCAGUACUUGGCUUUAUUUCGGUACUUACGACCGCUUCAAAACGUAUGACAUAUACGGCGUAACCAUUUUGAUGGGUAUAUCUGGCUCUACAAUGUUGAUCACCAGUCUCUCCAUUACCAAUGACUUGAUUGGACACAACACUUCGAGCGGGGCUUUUGUUUUCGGAGCCAUGAGUUUUGUGGACAAACUGUCGAAUGGUAUCGCAGUGAUUGUCAUUGAAAAUCUUCAUCCGUGUAAGACAUGCGGAUGUAGUAUUUGUGAUGAUUACUACCGCAAUGUCUUGGCUUUUGUCUGCGGGGGUGCAACUGUUCUCACUCUCAUGGCUUUGGCUCUGUUGGCACCGCAUCCCAUAGGGAUCACUCGAAACAGUGAGUCCAUUACACCCAUCAAUACUUCAGUUAGAGGAGAAGAGGAGUGUGAGAGUGAAGACGAAGACGACAACAUUUGUGAUAACUCUAUAUCUCCGCUCAUUCACAAUACAUAACACUCUUAAAUGACUGUAAUAUUUUUUUAAUUAUUA